AUGACUGUGACGAUUUAUCACAGACAUCCAAGAAUGGAGUCGUUAUUUACAAAGUAUUCCAAGAUUGCGGUCGUGGUAUCAGCAUAUUGGUUGAUAUCCAUUACGAUGGUUUUUACCAAUAAGUACCUCCUCAGCAGUCCAGAACUAAAGCUGAAUGCGCCAUUGUUCGUGACAUGGUACCAGUGUGUGGUGACUGCUGUUCUGUGUGUUAUCAUACGAUUUUUUUCAAAAAUGUUCCCGACCAUGAUCUCAUUUCCAUCUACAGAGAUAGACUUCAAACUCAACAGAUCAGUUUUGCCAUUGUCCAUUAUUUUUGUAUCAAUGAUCACCUGCAAUAACCUUUGUCUCAAGUUUGUUGGUGUAGCCUUCUACUAUGUUGGACGUUCUCUCAGCACCGUCUUUAAUGUGGUAUUCUCAUAUCUGAUCCUGAAGCAAGCCACCUCUUGCAAGGCCCUAGCAUGUUGUGGUGUCAUCAUAGCAGGAUUUUUUCUGGGAGUUGAUCAAGAAGGUGAAGCUGGGUCACUGUCAGUAAUAGGCGUACUGUUUGGUGUGGCGGCCAGCGCUAGCGUUGCCUUAAAUUCCAUCUUCACCAAGAAAGUGCUUCCACUGUUGGAUAACAAUGUGUGGCGUCUGACCUAUUACAACAAUCUCAAUGCCAUUGUUCUCUUCCUGCCUCUCAUGUUGGUGUUUGGUGAGGUGCCAGAAGUGGUGAAUUUCCCCAAGCUCUGGGAUCCUACCUUCUGGCUGUACAUGAAUAUUGGUGGUAUAUUUGGGUUUGCCAUUGGAUAUGUGACAGGUCUGCAAAUCCAGGUGACCUCUCCUCUUACACACAAUAUAUCAGGAACAGCUAAAGCUUGUGCACAGACAAUUAUUGCUUGUAUCUAUUACCAUGAUUCGAAGCCUCUACUUUGGUGGACAAGUAAUGCAGUCGUACUUGGCGGGUCGGGUGCCUACACAGAGGUCAAGCGCAGUGAGAUGAAACAACAGCAUCAGGUUGCUCUCACUCAAUUGGCAAAAAAUAUAGAGGAGGCCAAUGAUGAUGAGGAUGUACCUAUGAAAUCUUAGUCUUGAGCUUAUCAAUGUCACAUCCUGUAUUUUGGCAAGUCAUCCUUGUGAGGUUUCUGUUCCUACUAUGUUUUGUUUUGACUGAAUGUCUGUGGUAUCUCCUUUCACAUCUUAUCAUAAGGAUUAAUAGACAUAGGUUCAUCUCCUGUAUCUUUAUGUUUUAAUGAAAAGAUGGAAUUUUGUCCUGUGAUUUGACCAAAGCUUCAAGGUACAUUCCUCUCACAGUCAUGUACUGGUGCAUUUUAAAUUCACAAGUGCAAUCUCUCAUAGUCAUGCGCUGGUGUGACUGGACAUACUAUGUAUAUUACAGUCAGAGUGACUGAAAUCCAUAAGUACAUUUUGUCACAACAAACGUUUGUUUGACUGGAAAUUCUGUGCACAGACUGCUGUUUACUGUUUUAUCAUCUGUUGGGUAUUAUUUUGAGGGUUUUUAGGGGUUCAUGUAUUGUAUAUCUGGUUACUAUGUGGUAUUUAUGGGUUACUGGGUAACUCAAAGGAAAAUUGUUUUAACAUAGUGAUGACAGUCUAUGGGUUUACUCUUGAAGUAUAGACCUGUGGGUUAAGAUAGCAAUGACUGUCUAUGGGUUUUCUCAGUAGUGUUGAUCUAUAAGUUAUCCUAGUGAUGGAUGUCUAUGGGUUUGCUCGGUAGUGUUGAUCUAUAAAUUAUCCUAGUGAUGAAUGUCUAUGGGUUUGCUCGGUAGUGUUGAUCUAUAAGUUAUCCUAGUGAUAAAUGUCUAUGGGUUUGCUCGGUAGUGUUGAGCUAUAAGUUAUCCUAGUGAUGGAUGUCUAUGGGUCUGCUCGGUAGUGUUGAUCUAUCCUAGUGAUGGAUGUCUAUGGGUUUGCUCGGUAGUGUUGAUUUAUCCUAGUGAUGGAUGUCUAUGGGUUUGCUCGGUAGUGUUGAUCUAUAAGUUUUCCUAAUGAUGAAUGUCUAUGGGUUUGCUCGGUAGUAUUGAUCUAUAAGUUAUCCUAGUGAUGAAUGUCUAUGGGUUUGCUCGGUAGUGUUGAGCUAUAAGUUGUCCUAGUGAUUAAUGUCUAUGGGUGUACUCUUGGAUUGGAUUGUUGACCUACGUGUUAACAAAAUGAUUGAUUCCAAUAGAUUAAAUCCGGUAAAUUCUUCCUAGAACUGCCGUGGAUACCUGAGGUAUACAGAGUCCUCACUAAAUAAAUGUAAUAUAACCGUAAAGAGUGAGCACAACACGACCAUUUCUGAUCCAAUACAUGAUUUAUUCAUGUCACAAGUCGCUUACAUAGUUCACGAUUGAUUGUUGACCUAUGGGUUAACAUAGUGAUGACUGUCUGUGGGUAUACUCUUGGAUUGUUGACCUAUGGGUUAACCUAGUGAUGACUGUCUAUGGGUUUAAUCUUGGAUUGUUGACCUAUGGGUUAACAUAGUGAUGACUGUUUGUGGGUAUACUCUUGGAUUGUUGACCUAUGGGUUAACAUAGUGAUGACUGUCUGUGGGUAUACUCUUGGAUUGUUGACCUAUGGGUUAACAUA